UUCAGGGCAGCAACACAACAUCUCCUGCCUCUGGGUCUAUUUCUGCGAUCAUCUAGAAACAUGUAACUGAAACCAAAGAGCGUUUUGAGGUCCGGAGGCUCGUGUAGAACUGCAGCUUGUCGGAAGCGACGCUGUUGUUGUUUUCAGACCUGUUUUCAGACCUGUUUUCGUGUGUGAUUUCGGAAGCUAAGUUAGCUCUUAGGUUAGCCCCUCUUUAACUGGCUCGUCAACGUCUGCAGUCUGUUCGACCUGACUGAGAUAAUCGGUGUUUCCCGUCCACAGUCACCCCGCACCCCUCCCUCGGCCUGCGGAUCAUCAGUGUAGAGAUGGGAAGUCUGAGCAGCAGGUUCCAGUCCGCCUCUCGGGGAUCAGAGGAGGCUGCAGAGGGCACAAGUACCAGCCACAAGCAUAGAUGUGAGUGUAAGAAGAGGAAACGAAAUGCCCAGUGUGACUGUGACAGCGACCAAGAGGAGGACGAUGCCAUACUAGAUACACCUCGCAGGAAGAAAUUGAAAAACACAUCGCGAUACAUUUAUCAGACUUUGUUCCUGAAUGGAGAAAACAGUGACAUUCGCAUCUGUGCUCUGGGACAGGAGUGGAACCUCCACAAAGUCUACCUGUGCCAGUCUGGGUAUUUCUCCAGCAUGUUCAGCGGCUCUUGGAAAGAGUCCAACAUGAUGGAAAUCAACGUGGAGAUCCCCGACCAGAACAUCGACACUGAAGCUCUGCAAGUCGUAUUUGGAUCCCUGUACCGGGAUGAUGUCCUGAUCAAGCCCAGCAGAGUUGUCAGUAUUCUUGCAGCCGCUUGUAUGCUACAGCUGGAUGGCCUGAUCCACCAGUGUGGAGAGACCAUGAAGGAAAACAUUAGCGCGAAGACCGUCUGUGGAUACUACGCUUGUGCCAGCAUCUAUGGCUUGGAUUUAGUCAUGAAAAAGUGUCUUGAGUGGCUUCUGAACAACCUGAUGACUCAUCAAAAUGUCGACCUGAUGAAAGAACUUGGGGGAGAGGUGAUGGAGCAACUCAUCCAGUCCUCGGACCUGUUUGUCAUGCAGGUGGAAAUGGAUGUAUACACAGCUUUGAAAAAGUGGAUGUUCCUGCAGCUCAAUCCAUCGUGGGACGGCCCAAUCAAACAGCUUCUGGCUGACGCUGAUGCCUGGCUUUGCAAACGCAGGACAGACCUGUGUGAAAAAGAGCCCUUCUUGAACACCGAGGACAGCGAACCUUUUCGCUCGGUGUUCAGACACGUUCGUCUCCAGUACAUCAUCAACGAUCUGGCAUCGGCACGCAUCCUGGAGAGAGACAACAUUUUGCCCCCUGAUUGGUUAACGUCGGUUUACAAAAACCAGUGGUUCGCCAUGCUCCGCACAGAAUUUGACAACGACAAUGGCCCUCAGGAAGCUAACAAAGAUGAGUUUGAGCUGAGCAGUAUGAGGUGCGGCAGAAAACUGACUAAAGAUGGAGAUUACUGCUGGCGGUGGACGGGCUUCAACUUCGGCUUUGACCUGCUGGUGACCUACACAAACCGUUUCAUAGUCUUCAAACGGAAUACUCUGAGUCAGCCAUGUGGGGGCGCUGUGAGUCUGCAAGCCCGGAGGCAUCUGGCGUUCAGGUUACGCCUGGCCUCCUUUGAUGGCCGAGGAAAGUUGGUCUGCAGUCGUUCAACAGGUUACCAGCUCCUCACCCUUGAGAAAGACCAGGAGUAUGUGGUUAUGAACCUGGACAGCCGGUUGUUAACAUUCCCCCUCUACGUGUGCUGUAACUUCCUGUAUACGUCGCCUCACUUGGACCAGCGUCCAGAAUCCUCAGAACCAGAAAGCACUGCUCGCUGCGUGUCUUGAUGCCUGUUCAGUACUCCGGUAAUGCCGAGACGCCGACAUCGUUCUGACAUUGGAAAUACCACCUGCAUGCUUUGUAACACAGUGAGAUGUUUUGUCUGUGUGUCCGACAUUGGGACCACACAUGGGGUUCAACGUGUCGCAGGAGAGGCCAGGAGAGAUGAGGCCACUUGUGUCAUCGGAGCAGCUUCAAAACGUUGGACCUCCGCCAUGAACUCUCUGCACUGGGAUGUUGGACCAUUUCUCAAGAGGAACAAAAUAACUACUCUCUUAUAUUUUAUGAAUGGGAACAUCAUCAGGGAACUGCUCUCUAGGCUGAAGCUGGACCUUGAGGGACUUGGAUGGAAGAUUGAAGUCUGUUGCUUCACUCCACUGAUGGAGUCAGAGCUAUCAGCUGAUAGUGAUACGUCAUACCUGCUGCCACAUAACACCUAAACUCAAGCUUUCCCCUUCCGUGUCACAAUGUGACAAGUAGCCCAGGCAGCUGAUGACGACGUUCAACAGACAUCCAGUUUGGUAUAAUUACAUAUGUUUUAGGGUUGAGGAAACGCCAUCCCCACUUCCAUAUUAUACCCAGUAUCAACAACUUUGCUAAAAGUAAUGUCACAACGCCCAGGUAAUCAUUUUGAUGUUUUUCAUGAGACAUAAUUCUUCAGGAGUUUUUGUGUGCUAGUCUCAUUUACAGUUUACACUUGGAUGUCUGUUCAAUGACACUAACGUUUUGAUAUUCACAUCCGAAUUUUGAAGAUCACACAAAUGUUGACGUAUUGUUUAAUGGCUAGACUGUAAAAUGUUGUUUUGCUCUGGUUACCGGAGUCCACGGCCUCUGAUGCAGUUCAGUUGGACACAUUGAAGCAGGCUGCUGAGACUGCGCCCAUCGCAUAUGAAAUACCUUUGCAGUUGUGUUAUUUUACACUUUUGUACUUCACAUGAAGAAUUGUCACUUUGUUUUGGGAAAUCUGUAACCUCAUACUGUUUUGAAAACCUGUAAAGCAGACAUACUGACAUCUUACUAUGACAAAGUCUUUGUUUGGUUGUUAUUUUUGAUUUCAUUUGUAAGGAUUAAUUUUUUUUGCAAAAGAAAAUACAAUUCUCAACACAAACUGUCCUAUUAAGCGGGCUGUGGUGCAAGCCCAUGAUCCUAUUUAAUUUUCCAACAGCUGCAGUUAUUUAUGCUUCUGAAGAUAUUACUAAAGUUCUUGCCUGAUUUA